AUGGCGACGCCUACCCGCCUCCUCCGCCCCCAAUGUCUCGCCUACACGCUCCUCCGCCCAGCCUACCAGCGAUGGCAAUCCACCUUCUCCCACCUCGAAUCCGAACUGAAAUCCCGCAAAAUCUCCCCCAUCUUCGACGACCUCACCCCGCAAACCUCCCACCGCCUGUCCAUAACCCUGUCCGACUUCCUGCCGUCCUCCCACUCCCCACCCAGCAUCCUGGCCCCAGCGAAACCAAACCCGCCUAUGUUACCCCUCCCCCACCAUCUAGUCUACUUCGAACCAACAAAGCGUUCGUCGGAAAUGCUCCCCGACGGCACCAACCCGGACCAAUCCCCCGGCGACCCUUUCGUCCGACGCAUGUGGGCUGGUGGGCGCGUGCGGUAUAACCACUCCAACCCCUUCGUGCUCGAUGGGGGUAGGGGUGUAUGUGCGGAGUUCAUCCGCUCUGUUUCCGUGAAAGGGCGGGAGGGGGAGGAGAAGGUCUUUGUUUCCAUUGAACGGCGGCAGGCCAAGGCUUCCGCGGAGGAGGUGGAGAUGGCGGAGCAAGCACGGUUGGGGGAGGAAGGAGUGAAAGAGACGCUGGAGCAUCGGGUGAGGCAGCGGUUGUGGCGGGAUGGGGAGGAGGAUUUCGGGGUCUGUUCGGUGGUGGAGACGAGGAACAUUGUGUUUAUGCGGGAGAGGAGUAAGGCUGAAGCGGAGGAGCAGACGAGACGGGCGAAGGGGAAGGAGCUGCGACCGCAACAGAAGGCGGAUUGGAAACACACCAUGGUCCCGGACGCGAAGCUACUCUUCCGCUUCUCAGCAUUAACAUUCAACGCGCACGCUAUCCACCUCGAUCCAGAGUACUGUCGCGAAGUCGAAGGCCACCGCACGCUUCUGUUCCACGGCCCGCUGAGUUACGUGUUCAUGAUCACGCUCCUACAACAGCGCUUACGAGAAGCGGGGGAAGAGGUGGUGAAGAGUGUGGAGUACCGAAAUCUCGCGCCGCUGUACGCGCAUGAGCCCGUGACGUUUUGUGGGACGAGGACGGGGGAGGGGCGGUGGGAGAUUUGGACGGAGACGCCUGAGGGCGGGGUGGCGGUUAAGGGGAGUGUGGUUACUGAGGGCGGGAAGUAG